AAGAAUUUAGGAAAAAGAAAAAAACAAUUGAAUCGAAAGCAAAAGGGAUCUCUCUCUCUCCAAUGUCGUCGUCGUCGAGUGCUCCGUCGAAAAUAGGGAUGGAGAGGAAGAAGAAAGGAGCACCGAUCAAAUUCUUGGUGCCUCUCAUAUACGCGCCUGCUCUGCCUCUGAUUCGCCUGACCUUGAGGCAUCAGCCUGUUCUCAGAGACCGUCUCUUCGGUCUUGUCCUCGCCGGUGCUUUCGCUCACGGCUUCUAUCUCGUAACGGACAUAUAUGAUGCAGAGAGCAAAUGAGAAAGCAAAAAAAAAAAAAACACUGGGAGUUGCAGCCAUUCAUCAACAGCUCAGUAUUUUUCAGAUGUCUUUCUGAUUUAUUAAAUAAUUUGCUUCCUUUUUUCAAACACAAAUCUUGUUUCAAGGUUACAUUUUGCUUUUGUGAAUCUGAAAUUGGAAUUGGCUUUGGCUUAUGAAUCCACUAGUCAUCUUUUUUCCUAAGAAAAGUGCAUUGACACAGCUUUUUCAUUUUCAAUCCCAUUCUUGGAAAGAUCCCAUGUGAAAGUGACACAUCACUAA